UUGGCGCUUUCAAUCUUAAAAGAUUUUGAUCGGCUUGCGCCUAAAUCUCCCUCAUAGUUGUCAUGGCUUCCCUUCAACUGAGUCCUGCCCCUCGCCUUUAUCCCUCUUCAUUUUCAUCCAAAACCCACCUCAAAACCAGUCUUUGCUACAAAACCCAAUUCUCAGUUAUGCCCAAAACCACCCAAGUUUCUUGUUCUUAUUCUCCUGAAAAUUCUUCUCCUGUCAUUUUAUCUGUUGAUUCUUCUACUGAGAGUUCUUCACCUAAAUUAUGCUGUGAAGUGGUUAAGGGGUUUUAUAGCGGCAUUAAUCGCCACAAUUUGGGCUAUGUUUCGGAGCUUAUUGCAGAGAAUUGUGUAUAUGAAGAUCUUGUUUUCUCCGAGCCCUUUGUUGGAAGAAAGGCCAUUCUUGAAUUUUUUAAGAAGUUCACUGAUUCCAUAACCACAGACUUGCAAUUUGUUAUUGAUGACAUUAGUGAUGAAGAUUCCUCAGCUGUUGGGGUCAAAUGGCACUUGGAAUGGCAGGGGAAGGAAUUUCCAUUUAGCAAGGGUUGUAGCUUUUAUCGCUCGGAGGUAUUCAAUGGAAAAAGACAAAUAGUUUACGGACGAGAUAGCGUUGAACCUUCCAUUAAGCCUGGGGAGACGGCAUUGUGGAAGAUUUUGGCAGGUAUUUUCAGUGAUGGCCAUGGAUAAUGGCAAGUAUUCUAUACUCCAGCGGACGAUGGCAGAAAACCAUAAUACAUUGGGUCAUUGUCAUCCAUUGAAUGAUGGAUGGUGUUGGAGAAUGAGUCCAAUGUACAAGGAGAGGAUGUGACCUCAGUGGUGGUUCCCUCUCUUUCACCCCACCACCCAUCAUUGAAUUGGACAGCAAUCAACUUAACGAACUUUGAUUUUUCCAUAGUCCUCUGGAUCAUAAUGCACUUCUGUAGGAUAGAUUUAUGAUAUCUACAAAAUGGAAAACAUGUUUUUUAUCAGUCUCUAAUGCAUAAUCUUGAAAUAGUAACCUAAAAACAAUAUGUGGUGCAUAAAAGGAUUUCUUUUUCUUUCUCUGGGUGUAGUUACACUGCAGUCUGCAGAUCCCCAACCAUAAAAUUUAAUUUGAAAAUUUGCAUUAUUAAAAUUACAAUUUCAGUUAAAAUGAUAGUUGGGUAGCACCAUCACGAAAUGCAAAAAGGAGUUAUGGAGGAAAAUGGUUUUAGUUGAGGCAUUCUAGAGGAACAAGUUGUAGGAGAUGCUACUUUUUACUGUCAAUUUAAACAAAAAAAUGGCGUACUUUUUACUGUCGAUUUAAACAAAAAAAUGGCUUGACGCUUAUAGAAACAUCUUUAUUCUCUCAUCUUUGAUCCUUUUGCUAAGGCAUCUAACCUUUGAAUACACGUCGAUUCUCUUGAAUUUCCGGUGGUUUAUUUAGAUAAGUUUUUAUCCCAGAAAUUACAGUUUGAGUGUAUUCUAUAUAUUUUCAUAUUAUGGGAAUUUGAUACCCGUAUGAGAUGCAUUGUUUAACAUUUUACACAUUGGCAACUAUUCCAUUUUGGUCAUGGUGCAUUUUGAUGAGUAUUUUGAGACAAACAAUAUAGGUAAAAUCUUAAAUUGUUGAUCUCACAUGGGUAUUUUGAUAGGGAAAAGUUUAUAUAGAGCCGAGGCUCUAAACAAUCAAAUAAGAGCCUACCUCAAAAUU